UCCAAUCAACUCUUUCUCAGAUCAGCUGAUUCCUACGCUGCCAUUUUGUCCGCGGUAGUAGGCAGGCAGCAAGUGGAGACAAGCUGUUUCAUAUUCCUACAUAUUCAACAAGACUUGAAUAAUACUAAAGACGACGAUAUGAGUUGGAUGUCAAGGUUCAGUGGUUUCUGACGGGUGGUUUUUUUUAGUAGUUUUUUGUUGUUGUUGUUGUUGCCAAUUUCAUGGAUAUAUCGGACCAAAUAGGUUAAAUUCAGGUGUUCCUCUCCUAGUACCGGACUCGGAGGAAGCAGGGUUGAGACAGGACGAUACUAGGUAGUUAGAGGGUGUUGUGUUAGCAGGAAGGCCGGUCAACUGGCCGCUGUCUUCUCUCCGUCUACAUCUAGUCUGAAGCUCAAGACAAGUUGGGAAAGUUUGAUAGUUUCACGUUUGCCUAUUUUCGUUAUGUUUCACUCGAAACCCCAAAAAAGGGACCGGUCUUUUCGAGGUAACCUAAACACACAAAACCUCAGUGGAAGUUGAAUUCUGAAGAAGAGGGGUUUUAUUUGAGUAGUAACCGUUUUAGCUAGUUUGGCUAAAAACUGUGAUCAUAAUUCAGGGUUGUCUCGCCAGUGGUCUUGUUAAAUUGACCCGUAGGUAUCCAGCCAGCUAGAGAUGUUUAUAUGUAGCCAGCGAGCUGACAUUUCUGUUUACAAAUUGCAUAGUGGGACUCAUUCGUGGUUCGAGUGCAGAAACGGAAAUAUUAGCUAACACAAAGCUAGUUUACUUGUUAGAUGUCAACCUUUUUGUUGUUGUGUGUUUUGUUUGUUACUAUACAGAAUACCUUGUUAAUGAUAGCUAACGUUAACUAGUUAGUUAAUUGAUUUGCUUAUUCAAUACAUAAUAACAUUGUGUGUCCGGAUUUAUUUUUUUUAGGUUGCAACAAACAAACAAAAAAACUAAAAUUAGUCGGAGAUCUUUCAGCGAUACUGGACUAGGACGUCAUACCACUUCUUUUUAACGGGACCGAAUCCCGUGGCCCGAAACCUCCUUGCCAUCUCUGGUGUUACGCACGUCAGCUAAUAACCAAUCGUUGGACAUUGUGUGUGUGUGUUUAUCAUCCAACUAAUCAUAGUGGGUUUUGUAGCGAAACGGUGAAACACAAUGUCAGGACAGUCUAUAACGGAUCGCUUCGCAGCGGCACAGCACAGCAUGACCGGGUCUGGUAUCAGUAAAGCCGUGUGCAAGGCCACGACGCACGAAGUCAGCGGCCCCAAGAAGAAACACCUUGAUUACCUGAUCCACUGCACCAGUGAGAUGAACGUGUCGGUCCCCCAGCUGGCUGACACACUAUUUGAGAGGACAGCCAAUAGCAGCUGGGUGGUGGUCUUCAAAGCUCUGAUCGCUACACACCACCUUAUGAUGUAUGGCAAUGAGCGUCUUAUCCAGUAUCUGGCUUCUAGAAACACCCUCUUCAACUUGAACAACUUCUUGGACAAAGGUGCUCUGCAAGGUUAUGACAUGUCUACGUUCAUCCGUCGGUACAGCCGCUAUCUGAAUGAGAAGGCCAUGUCUUACAGACUGGUGGCUGUGGACUUUACCAAGAUGAAGAGAGGGAUUGACGGUGUGAUGCGCACCAUGAGCACAGAGAAGCUCAUCAAGACGUUACCGAUUAUCCAGAACCAACUAGACGCACUGUUAGACUUCCAGGCCAACCCUAAUGAGUUAACUAACGGAGUCAUCAAUGCAGCCUUCAUGCUGCUGUUUAAAGACUCCAUCCGUCUGUUUGCUGCCUACAACGAGGGUGUCAUCAACCUACUGGAGAAGUAUUUUGAUCUGAAGAAGGGUCAGUGUAAAGAGGCGUUGGACAUCUAUAAGAAGUUCCUGUACAGGAUGACCAAGCUGUCUGAGUUUCUCAAAGUAGCAGAGCAAGUUGGAAUAGAUCAGGGUGAUAUCCCCGAUCUCUCACAGGCCGUUAAAGGAUCAUGCAUUGCCCCCAGUAGUCUCCUGGAGGCUCUGGAGCAGCACCUAGCCUCUCUGGAGGGGAAGAAGACCAAGGAGCUCAGUGCUGACACCAGAGCGUCCACUCUGUCCAGUGCGGUGACGUCUCUGUCCAGUACAGGCAUGUCCUUCAGCCGCAUGGACGAGAAGGAGAGACUGCAGGCCUUGGAAGAGGAGCAGGCCAGACUGCAGGCCCUCAAGGUACAGGACCAGCGUCUGAAGGAGAUCGGUGUGUCCCUUCCUCCCUCUGCCUCCCCCAGUACACAGUCUAUGGGCAGUGUCAACCACAACACCAACCAGGCCAUGGAGCUAUUCAACACACCAUCCACCAAUAGCAUGCCCAACCUCAGUAGUGAUCUGUUUGACCUACAGCCAGCCUUCACCCCUGUUGUCCAGAGCACUCCUUCCAUCUCUACAGCCGCCACUGCCUGGGGAGGUGCCGCUGUGCAAGCUGAGUCCUCCAUAAGUGUAGAUUUUGAUGCUGUUUUUGGGGGCGGGGCUAGAGGAAUAGCCAAUAACGGCGUGCAGCCAGCCGCUGAUGGGUUUGAUGCUCUUGGGGACCUGCUGAAGCCCACAGUGUCAAACCAUAACCAGGCUCCCCCCAUGGCCCUCCACCACCCCCACCCAAGUCACCCCCAUCCAGGGUACCACCCAGGGGGCAAGCUGCUGGCCAAUGACCUGGACUCCUCCCUCGCCAACCUCGUUGGCAAUCUGCAGUUCGGAGGAGCCCCAGCCAAGAAUUUGUCUCUGUGUGCCCCGGUGUUCAGGCCAGACAUGCAGUGGAGCCAGUCUGGAGAGAAGAGACUAACUGGGGGACACAACUGGCAGAGCAAGACCAUGACCAGCACUACGGCCUGGAACCCUGUUCCCAUGGCCCCCGCGCCCAUGCCUGUACAACACCUGAAUGGGAUGUUCUAUGCUGGUUAUGCUCCAGCUCCUAUGCCUUUCCCCAUGACCACACCGCAAGUGCCUAUGUAUGGAAUGGUCCCUCAGAUGGGUCAGAUGGGGGGUGUACAGGUGAUGGCCCCCCAGCCCAUGAUGUACAACCAGCCUGUACUCAGACCCACAAACCCCUUCUCCCCCAUGCCUGGAGCCCAGAUGCAGUUCAUGUAAUUUCAUCUGGGGGAGCAGAGCGCCAAAAAAUGAUGAAACACACAGAGAGGACAAACGAAGAAUAGGGAAACGAAUGAACGAAUGAAUGAAUGAAUGAACGAACGAACGAACGAACAAACAAACGAACGAACGAGGGGCAGACAGAAGAAAAACCAACCAACACCAAAUACAAGAGGAGAGGAAGAGGGAAGAAAAAUAAGAGGCUGAUGAACCCGGGAGAUGGAGGGUAGAGCAAGGAAGAGUGUUUAUGAUAUCAUAAAGGCUUACCUCUCUGUCUGAAACAGCCCCCACCCUCAAACAAACAACCCCCCCCCCCCCCCCCCCACCCCCCCCCCCCAAACAAAUAAAUCAAAUGGAACCCCUAUAAAUGGAUAGGUCUUUUGGAGUAGACGGUGUGAAGGGGUCAGGUGUGAAAGGUCAUAGGUUCAUUACACUUAUUACAUGGACUUUUCUGUGUUUGUCUUCUGUUACCUUUGGUGUAGAUAGAUGGAUUACACCCUGUUAAAAUGACUGGGACUCUUCGAUGUUGUAGGUAUGUUACUGAGCUGAUAUUGAGCACUUUGGCACACACACAUAAACAGACAGAGGUGUGAAUCUAACCAUGGGAAGAACGGACUGAUUUGUCUAGAAAUAGAUGGGUAGGUUACAGUUGGAGCCAUCCUCUCUGGUUGGUGAGAUGGUUACAAACCGGUAGGAACUUGUGUUCUGGUUUUCUAUCUCUGAGUGUGUGUGUGUGUGUGCACACUGUUUAUAAAGCAUUACUUAGUGAGCUGGUCUCUACCUGCUUUCUUAGACUAAAAGGUCACCAAAUUAAAGAUGGUGUUUUCCUACUUUCUCACCGUUACCCAUCAACAGGGUGGACAUGUUUGUCCCUGCUCGCUAGCCGUCCUUGACUGUUUGCUAGUUCAGAAAAAGCACUUACCCAGGGGAGAUGUUUCAGACAUGGAGAAGCCAUCACCAGGUGUAAUCAGACUGGAUAGAAAACAUUAAGGACACCCCUCAACCCUCACCAUCAUCCUACCAUCAAUCAGACUGCAUAGAAAACAUUAAGAACACCCCUCACCAUCAUCCUACCAUCAGACUGGAUAGAAAACAUUAAGGACACCCCUCUACCCUCACCAUCAUCCUACCAUCAAUCAGACUGCAUAGAAAACAUUAAGGACACCCCUCUACCCUCACCAUCAUCCUACCAUCAAUCAGACUGGAUAGAAAACAUUAAGGACACCCCUCUACCCUCACCAUCAUCCUACCAUCAGACUGGAUAGAAAACAUUAAGGACACCCCUCUACCCUCACCAUCAUCCUACCAUCAAUCAGACUGGAUAGAAAACAUUAAGGAUACCCCUAUACCCUCACCAUCAUCCUACCAUCAAUCAGACUGGAUAGAAAACAUUAAGGACACCCCUCUACCCUCACCAUCAUCCUACCAUCAGACUGGAUAGAAAACAUUAAGGACACCCCUCUACUCUCACCAUCAUCCUACCAUCAGACUGGAUAGAAAACAUUAAGGACACCCCUCUACCCUCACCAUCAUCCUACCAUCAAUCAGACUGGAUAGAAAACAUUAAGGAUACCCCUAUACCCUCACCAUCAUCCUACCAUCAAUCAGACUGGAUAGAAAACAUUAAGGACACCCCUCUACCCUCACCAUCAUCCUACCAUCAGACUGGAUAGA